GCCACCGGCCGCUCUCUUCGCCAGUUCAGUUGCCAGUCUCCCAACGCGCGCUCUGUGUCGUCGACGUGUAGGUGGCAGUGUUCAUUGUUUACAACUUGCGUACUCCGGUGUAGUUCAUCUUCUGAUUGGAUCUACUACAUUUAGGUUCGGGGAUGGUCUGAGAUGAUUACCGCUACAGAGUCUAGGCUGCAAGCCAAUCCGCAACAGAUUGGAAUGAAGAUGGAGUCUAAGGGGUGCACCCAGGACUGUGCAGGAUGCGGCAAAACGAUCGCUGAGAGAUACCUGCUGAAGGCUCUGGACAUGUUCUGGCACGAAGAUUGUCUCAAGUGCGGCUGCUGUGACUGCAGACUGGGCGAGGUGGGCUCCACUCUCUACACCAAAGCCAACCUUAUACUGUGCCGCAGAGAUUACCUCAGGCUCUUCGGCAGCACCGGUUAUUGCGCUGCCUGCUCCAAGGUGAUACCUGCCUUCGAGAUGGUGAUGCGAGCCCGGAGCAACGUCUACCACCUAGAGUGUUUCGCCUGCCAACAGUGCAACCACAGGUUCUGUGUGGGAGACCGGUUCUACCUGUGUGAUAACAAGAUCCUGUGUGAGUACGACUACGAGGAGAGGCUGGUGUUCGCCAACAUGGCCUACAACCCCUCCACCAUUGCCCAGCUCAAGAGGCAGACCAACAGUUUGCCAGUGGCGCCUUCGACAGGCGGAGCAGGCAGAGGAGCUGGAGACCUCAACAACAACAUGUCUCAACUGCAGCAACAGCAUCAGCAACAACAACCCAACCAGAGCAUCAUCAAGAGUAACAGCUGACGGUCCUAGGCGCACGGUGCUCCAGCGCAAGAGUCCUCAGUGUACAAAGCCUUCGGUUGUUGACUGUCAAUUUCGUGCUUUCAUGAUGUUAAUGUAAAUUAAAAAAUUGUACGGGACUGAAGUCACGAUAUAUCACCACUAAUUGUUGUCUCAUCAUUUCACUUGUAAGAAACAUUCAUUAUCAGGAAAUUAAUUUUUUUUCUGUUGAAAACACUUGCAUAGUUGAUACGUUUCGUUAUAUUUUUCAUAACGACUGACAAAGAAUCCGCAAUUACUUACGCGGGCCGUAAUAGUUAUGUUGUGCAUCCAUGUGCACUCAAUUUUAAUUUUAAUUACAGUGUGUACAAAAAUUGAUUUUAUUAUUACAUUAAAAUAAAUGCAUAAAACAAAGCUUAAUUAAAUAUUUCAAGGCCUAUGAUUGUAAGUACUAUAGCUCCUAAUGGUCAAACUUCAUUUUUUUACGUUUGAUAACAAACAAAUAAUUUUGGAAUUAAAAGUUAAAGUAUUUUGUUUAAAAAAGUUAAUUUGGAGAUAUAGCACUUUUUUUAAAAUCACAAACGUUAACAAAUAAUUAGAAGUGAAAAUCAAAAUACUAUUUUUAAUAUAUAUCAUUUUGAAAUCUUCAACUAAAACAGACUGAAGACGUAGGAGGUUGUUGCCAAAAAUAAGUCACUGUACAUAGCUUUGUCCCAGAAGUCAUUGUAUUUGUUCUCGAAUAGGUUACGUAGCUCUUAUAAUGAAGAGCUCUUGUGUAUAUAUAUAAUUCAUUUGUAUGUUAAAUGUAACCAACCAAAAUGCAAUAAAUUGUACAUAUUCAA